GUGGAGCGGGGAAGGCGGGGCCGGAGCCGGAAGCGGCGGCCGAGGGGACGAUGCCGCUGCCCGUCCAGGUCUUUAACUUGCAGGGUGCAGUGGAGCCCAUGCAGAUUGACGUAGAUCCACAGGAAGAUCAGCAAAAUUCACCUGAUAUCAACUAUGUGGUGGAAAACCCGACACUGGAUUUGGAGCAGUAUGCAUCCAGCUACAGUGGGCUGAUGCGAAUCGAGCGGCUGCAGUUCAUUGCUGAUCACUGUCCACAGCUGAGGGUGGAAGCUCUCAAGAUGGCUCUGUCAUUUGUCCAGAGAACUUUCAAUGUUGAUGUGUAUGAAGAAAUCCACAGAAAGCUGUCUGAGGCCACCAGAGAACUUCAGAAUACACCGGAUGCUGUCCCCGAUGGUGGAGUUGAACCCCCUCCUCUUGACACAGCUUGGGUCGAAGCUACGCGCAAAAAAGCUCUUCUUAAACUGGAGAAACUUGACACAGAUCUGAAAAAUUACAAAGGGAACUCCAUCAAGGAGAGUAUCAGGAGAGGCCAUGAUGACUUAGGUGAUCAUUACCUGGAUUGUGGGGACCUCAGCAACGCUCUCAAGUGUUAUUCAAGAGCCCGUGAUUACUGCACCAGUGCUAAACAUGUCAUAAACAUGUGUCUCAAUGUCAUCAAGGUCAGUGUCUACCUCCAGAAUUGGUCUCAUGUUCUGAGCUACGUAAGCAAGGCUGAGUCUACACCAGAAAUUGCAGAACAAAGAGGAGAAAGAGACAGCCAGACACAAGCAAUUCUCACCAAACUGAAAUGUGCAGCAGGCUUGGCCGAACUAGCUGCCCGGAAGUACAAACAGGCAGCAAAGUGCUUCUUGUUGGCAUCAUUUGAUCACUGUGAUUUCCCUGAGCUGUUAUCUCCCAGCAAUGUGGCUGUGUAUGGUGGGCUCUGUGCCCUUGCUACCUUUGACCGUCAGGAACUGCAACGAAAUGUUAUCUCCAGUAGCUCCUUCAAACUGUUUUUGGAGCUGGAGCCACAGGUUCGUGACAUCAUUUUCAAGUUUUAUGAAUCUAAAUAUGCUUCAUGCCUGAAGAUGCUGGAUGAGAUGAAGGACAACCUGCUACUGGAUAUGUACCUUGCACCUCAUGUCAGGACACUUUAUACCCAAAUUCGAAAUCGUGCCCUUAUCCAGUACUUCAGUCCCUAUGUGUCGGCAGACAUGCGCAAGAUGGCCACUGCUUUUAACACCACAGUGGCUGCUCUGGAAGAUGAACUCACUCAGCUGAUUCUGGAGGGACUGAUCAAUGCCAGAAUAGACUCACACAGUAAGAUUCUUUAUGCUCGAGAUGUUGAUCAGCGCAGCACAACUUUCGAGAAGUCCUUACUAAUGGGCAAAGAGUUCCAGCGCCGUGCCAAGGCCAUGAUCCUGCGCGCUGCCGUCCUGCGCAACCAGAUACACGUCAAGUCUCCUCCGAGAGAAGGUAGCCAAGGAGAGCUCACUCCAGCUAACAGCCAAUCCAGGAUGAGCACCAAUAUGUGAAAAACUUCGUGCACUACCAACAGAAAUGAUCCCUCAGGACUGUACCCAAUGUCUCACCCACUAACUGCUGCGCUUCAGAAACUGUCCCUGUCUCCCUCACUUCUUGCUCAGAUUGAGAGGGUCAGGCUGAUGGUGGAUAAUAUGAAUAUUCCAAUAACUUCAAUUCUCCUUGAAAAGAAAUUCUUUCUUAAAAAACCACCCCUGCAAUGGGUCAUCAUUUCAGUUUUGGUAGAACAUCUUCCUUCAUUCGCCUUCCACCACUCCAUAAAGAGAUGUCAGGUUAUUCAUACAGAUGCUGAGUUGAGAGUUUUUCAGCUGCUAUUAGUUUUCUUAUUUUAAAGCUGCAAAAAUAGUUAGUUGAAUGGAACAGGCAUGAUAUAAGAUGAAUUUUGCUGGCCUGAAAGUAUUGCCUUGAUUUUGAGUGAUGCUGAGUUUUCUGUUUUCUGGAUAAACUUACGGAUGCAUUGCUCUCAAUUACGGAGCUAGAGUUCUGAUGGGAGAGAUUUCUUUUGAGAAACUCUGAGUGAAUUUUCACCUUCACCAGAAAAAGUGGCAUCGUUUCCAUGUAUUCAUGUAUUCACAGGCCUUUAUUUUAGGGUUUUAUGUUUACCUGCAUCCAGGUUCUCUCUCUCUGGUCUGUGUUUUCAAAGACCUGUUUCCUGAUGCAUUUCCCACUUGUGCGUGGCCUGGCUUUGGUGUCCAGUGUUCCCAUAGCAGUAAAUCUCUACUUCAUGCAAAUAUUGCUGCUUGUCCAGUCUUACUGCCAUAGCGUGUGAUGGUUUCCCCACAUAUACAACUGUUGUUUCUGGUAGCAUGGAUAAAUGCCAUAAAACACGACUCAAGUCUUGUGGAAGUGCUGAAAACAGUCAGUCUGGGUAUCCAGUCUCCAGAUGCAUUUAUUCUGCUUUUCCUUUUAUAAAGGGGUUAAAAGUGGCAGCCCGGAGUGUGUGUGUGUUCAUCCUGUGUUCAUGAAAGAAGAUAUGCACUGAAUUUUCUGAAGUCACUGCAGCCUUGUAUACAUCUAAUCCAUAAGACAAGCUGAGAAUUUUGAUCCAGCCCCGAGUGGUCUGGCAACUGACUACAGACGUUACUGUUAACGCAUUCAUGCUUGUUUGGUUGGUUGGUUGUUUUUUUUUUUUAAAUAAGUUGCUAUAUCUAGUGCAUUAAACAGCAGGAUUAAAAAGCUUCUGAGUA